AUGAAGCUCAAUUUUCUUGUCACCACCGUGGUUCUGCUCGUUGCCUUUCUACCACGAUAUGAAUGUAGAGCCAUCGACAGCUCCAGCAAACAAGCUACCGGUCCUGAACCCGAUCCACAGCAGCAAUCGAAUCCUGUGUUGGCACGAUUAGGGGAGGAGUACUUCAUCCGACUUGGUAACACAAAUCAAAAUUCUCCCCGGUCCACUCCUGAUCUGUUCCAUCCAUCAUCUCCUGCAGUCUUUAAAAGAGCGUUGCAGCUUCAGCUUACGCAGCGUCUGUUGGAAGGCAAAGUUGGUAACAUCGGUCGUUUUGUUGCCACUUACGCGCAUCAUCCCGACGACUCAAUGGAGAGAGAGCGACGGUCGGAGGAGCCCCCCAUUUCUUUGGAUCUGACGUUCCACCUGCUUCGAGAAGUACUAGAAAUGGCUCGAGCCGAACAGUUAGCUCAACAAGCUCAUAGCAACAGGAAAAUGAUGGAAAUAUUUGGGAAGUAA